GCAGGAGCUCUUCUCGCCAUUUGUGUUUGUACUCACCAGCAUAACCAGUCGUGUUUCCAGUGUGUUAAGGAACCUCCUAAAACCUCCUUACAGCUGCUGCAUCUGAUACAGUCUGGUUUAAGAAGCUUGUUUCCCCCUUUUUGGUAUUUCACAGUCUGUUACUGAGCUAUGUCGGUGGCGGUUCUCGUGCAGCUGGCCUCGCAUGGAGGGUCGCGCGUGUGCCGCAGGAUGCUUCAAAACAGGGUCCACUUUAUUCAGGACAAGCUGCUGCGGUCGCUGCACAGCCCGUCAGGCCCCCGCGCCAGCAACUCGCGCUUCGACCCAGACAGCAGCGGGCGCCCCACCACCUGGGACUCCUUCGGCAUUUGGGACAACCGCAUCGAUGAGCCGAUUCUGCUGCCAUCCAGCAUCCGCUACGGCAAACCCAUCCCCAAAGUCAGCCUGUCCAAGGUGGGCUGCUCCUCACACAUCGGCCAGCGAAAAGAGAACGAGGAUCGAUACCAAGUGUCGCAAAUGACCAGCGACAUCCUUUACUUCGCCGUGUUCGAUGGCCACGCUGGCGCUCAGGCUGCCGACUUUUGCCAUAAGUACAUGGAGCAGCAUAUUAAAGAGCUCGUGGCUAAAGAGGACAACCUCGAGGUCAUCCUGACAAACGCUUUUCUAAAUGUGGACAAAGCGUUAGCGAGGCACCUUCACUUCAGUGCAGACGCCUCGGUGCUAAGUGCAGGCACCACAGCAACGGUGGCGCUGCUGAGAGACGGCAUCGAGCUGGUGGUGGCCAGCGUCGGAGACAGUCGUGCGAUGCUCUGCCGGAAGGGCAAAGCACUUAAACUUACUGUGGACCACACACCCGAGAGGAAGGAUGAAAAAGAGAGGAUCCGUAAAUGCGGAGGUUUCGUAACGUGGAACAGUCUGGGUCAACCCAACGUAAACGGACGUCUGGCCAUGACACGGAGCAUCGGAGACUUCGACCUGAAAAACACCGGCGUCAUCGCCGAGCCGGAGACCAAGCGGAUUUCAUUACAUCACGCACACGACGCCUUCCUCGCACUCACCACAGACGGCAUCAACUUCAUCAUGAACAGCCAGGAGAUCUGCGACGUCAUUAACCAGUGCAACGACCCCAAAGAGGCAGCACUGCGUCUCUCUGAACAGGCGAUUCAAUACGGUGCAGAGGACAACAGCACGAUCAUCGUGGUGCCGUUCGGCGCGUGGGGCAAACACAAGAGCUCGGAUGUGAGCUUCUCCUUUAGCCGCAGCUUUGUGUCCAGCGGCCGGUUCGCAUGAGAGUGAAAACCCGAGACCGAACGAGAGAAAAUGAAAGUGGGAGAAUGAGUAAGAGGAGAAGGGGUGUUAGAACAAAUCAGUGGACGAGGUGGCAUGAUCUCAGAGUGCAAUAAAUCCAGGGUGUUAUGGGAACAAGAAAAAGUUGCCUCAGGAUAACGACACGGUUCAUGACCUUAUAGCUUGUGUGAACAGUCCUGUAUUAGGAAUAUUCUAGUGUACGUUAAGAUCCGCUUUCCUGAAGCACUAAUCAGUAUUUCUGAACCUAAACUUGAACUAGACCAGUGAUGACACGUGGCCCCGUCAUUUGUCUAGUUUUACCUCACAAUAUUUUGUAUAUAUUUUAUAACUGUGAAUAGACAGUAGAAUUUUUGGUUGUUGGUUUUUCUUUCCACAUCUGAUGGGUGAAGUACGCUUGCACUUUUCCCCCCCGAUGACUCUGUAUAUUCUGCUUCAACGGUUUAAAGUGCUUCUUGGUCAUUUCACUGCUUGGUUCGACCAUUUUAAAGUGACAUAUCAUAUGUUCUGUAGAAACCUGUUAACGUAAUACGAAAGAGAGAGAAAAAAAACGUGAGCCUGGCUGCGCACCGAACUAGGACACGUAUGCACUUUCCAUCAGCAGAGAAGACGCUUCCGCAUCACCGCGAUCAAGUUCUCGUAAGGCAUUCCGUGCCGUUUUAUUCGCAUCCGGACAGUUUUUACUGUGAGAAACGGGAACGAAUCGGGUGGCGCUGCACUUAUCCAGGGGCAGCUGAUGAACGUUAGGAUGAUUUCGGUUAGAAACCAUAGACGUAUCCGUCGGAGUUUACGCAUCCGGGCAGAACGAUGGAAUGGGAAAGAUUCCAUAGAAUGUAAACUUUCUAGCAUUUAGGAUAAGGGAUGAGUCCUGUGGGAAAUAUUUACAAACAAAAAACAGUCUUUCCAUCAGGAUUCACAUGUUUUAACCAAGAUGCAGUGGUUUUUGGAGGCGUAUUCUUUUUUUUUUUUUCAGAGAAUGCUGAGGGGAAACAAAUUCAACUGUUCAAAACAUGUUCUGGUACACAAACUGUGUUUUAUUUAUUUAUUUUAUUAUUAUAUAUUUUUCUUUUUUUUUUUUACAUAAUCUGGACCACUGUUCACAUCAUUCUGCUCAUCUAGUGCCUUUUUGUUCCCGUGCUUCACUCUCCCCAUGCGAGCACAAAUUAAUCAAACACUAAUCAGUUCACUAUGAACUUUUCUAAGCACAGUUGGUACAGGUUUUUUUUUUUUUUUU